GCGGCGGCCAGGAUCAUGUCGGGCCGUCGCUGCGCCGGCGGGGGCGCGGCCUGCGCGAGCUCGGCGGCCGAGGUCGUGGAGCCGGCCGCCCGCGAGCUGUUCGAGGCGUGCCGCAACGGGGACGUGGAGCGAGUCAAGAGGCUGGUGACGCCCGAGAAAGUGAACAGCCGCGACACGGCGGGCAGGAAAUCCACCCCGCUCCACUUCGCCGCAGGUUUUGGGCGCAAAGAUGUAGUUGAAUAUUUGCUUCAGAAUGGUGCAAAUGUCCAAGCACGCGAUGACGGGGGCCUUAUUCCUCUUCAUAACGCAUGUUCUUUUGGUCAUGCUGAAGUAGUCAAUCUGCUUUUGCAACAUGGCGCAGACCCAAAUGCUCGAGAUAAUUGGAAUUAUACUCCUCUUCAUGAAGCUGCAAUUAAAGGAAAGAUUGAUGUUUGCAUCGUGCUCUUACAGCAUGGAGCUGAGCCAACCAUUCGAAAUACAGAUGGAAGAACAGCACUGGAUUUAGCAGACCCAUCUGCAAAAGCAGUGCUGACUGGUGAAUAUAAGAAAGAUGAACUCCUGGAAAGUGCCAGGAGUGGCAAUGAGGAAAAAAUGAUGGCUCUGCUUACACCAUUGAAUGUUAACUGCCAUGCAAGUGAUGGCAGAAAGUCCACUCCAUUGCAUUUGGCAGCAGGAUACAAUAGAGUAAAGAUUGUGCAGCUGUUAUUGCAACAUGGAGCUGAUGUCCAUGCUAAAGAUAAAGGUGAUCUGGUGCCAUUACACAACGCCUGUUCAUAUGGUCAUUAUGAAGUAACUGAACUUUUGGUCAAGCAUGGUGCCUGCGUAAAUGCAAUGGACUUGUGGCAAUUCACUCCACUUCAUGAGGCAGCUUCUAAGAACAGAGUUGAAGUGUGUUCUCUUCUCUUAAGUUAUGGUGCAGACCCAACACUGCUGAACUGUCACAAUAAAAGUGCUAUAGAUUUGGCUCCCACACCACAGUUAAAAGAAAGAUUAUCAUAUGAAUUUAAAGGCCACUCAUUGCUGCAAGCUGCACGGGAAGCUGAUGUGACACGAAUCAAGAAACAUCUCUCUUUGGAAAUGGUGAAUUUUAAGCAUCCUCAAACACAUGAAACUGCAUUGCAUUGUGCUGCUGCAUCUCCAUAUCCCAAAAGAAAGCAAAUAUGUGAACUGUUACUAAGAAAAGGAGCAAACAUCAAUGAAAAAACUAAGGAAUUCUUGACUCCUCUGCAUGUUGCAUCUGAGAAGGCUCAUAACGAUGUUGUCGAAGUUGUGGUGAAACAUGAAGCAAAGGUUAAUGCUCUGGAUAAUCUUGGUCAGACUUCUCUGCACAGAGCUGCGCAUUGUGGUCAUCUACAAACAUGCCGCCUACUUUUGAGCUAUGGGUGUGAUCCAAACAUUAUAUCUCUUCAGGGCUUUACUGCCUUACAGAUGGGCAAUGAAAACGUGCAGCAGCUGCUUCAAGAGGGUAUCCCAUUAGGUAAUUCAGAGGCAGACAGACAAUUGCUGGAAGCUGCAAAAGCUGGAGAUGUAGAAACUGUAAAAAAACUGUGUACUGUUCAGAGUGUCAACUGCAGAGACAUUGAAGGGCGUCAGUCGACCCCACUGCAUUUUGCAGCUGGGUAUAACAGGGUCUCUGUGGUGGAAUAUCUGCUACAACAUGGAGCUGAUGUGCAUGCUAAAGACAAAGGAGGCCUUGUACCUUUGCACAAUGCAUGCUCUUAUGGACAUUAUGAAGUUGCAGAACUUCUUGUUAAGCAUGGAGCAGUAGUUAAUGUAGCUGAUUUAUGGAAAUUUACACCUUUACAUGAAGCUGCAGCAAAAGGAAAAUAUGAAAUUUGCAAGCUUCUACUCCAGCACGGUGCAGAUCCUACAAAGAAAAACAGGGAUGGAAAUACGCCUUUGGAUCUUGUUAAAGAUGGAGAUACAGAUAUCCAAGAUUUACUUAGGGGAGAUGCAGCUUUGCUAGAUGCUGCCAAGAAGGGUUGCUUAGCCAGAGUUAAAAAGUUAUCUUCACCUGAUAAUGUAAAUUGUCGUGAUACCCAAGGCCGACAUUCAACACCUUUACACUUAGCAGCUGGUUACAACAAUUUGGAAGUUGCAGAGUAUUUGUUACAACAUGGAGCUGAUGUGAAUGCCCAAGACAAAGGAGGACUUAUUCCUUUACAUAAUGCAGCAUCCUAUGGGCAUGUAGAUGUAGCAGCUUUACUAAUAAAGUACAAUGCAUGUGUCAAUGCCACGGACAAAUGGGCUUUCACACCUUUGCACGAAGCAGCCCAAAAGGGACGAACACAGCUUUGUGCUUUAUUGUUGGCCCACGGAGCUGAUCCUACUCUUAAAAAUCAGGAAGGACAAACACCUUUAGAUUUAGUUUCAGCAGAUGAUGUCAGUGCUCUCCUGACAGCAGCCAUGCCCCCUUCUGCUCUGCCUUCAUGUUAUAAACCUCAAGUGCUCAAUGGUGUGAGAAACUCGGGAGCCUCCACAGAUGUUCUGUCUUCAGGUCCACCCAGCCCAUCAAGCCUUUCUGCAGCCAGCAGUCUUGAUAACUUAUCAGGGAGUUUUUCUGAACUGUCUUCAGUAGUUAGUUCAAGUGGAACAGAAGGUGCUUCCAGUUUAGAGAAAAAAGAGGUUCCAGGAGUAGAUUUUAGCAUAACUCAGUUUGUAAGGAAUCUUGGACUUGAGCACUUAAUGGAUAUAUUUGAGAGAGAACAGAUCACUUUGGAUGUGCUUGUUGAGAUGGGACACAAGGAGCUGAAGGAGAUUGGAAUCAAUGCUUAUGGACAUAGACACAAGCUAAUUAAAGGAGUUGAGAGACUUAUCUCUGGACAGCAAGGUCUUAACCCAUAUUUAACUUUGAACACCUCAGGCAGUGGAACAAUUCUCAUAGAUCUGUCUCCUGAUGAUAAAGAGUUUCAGUCUGUGGAGGAAGAGAUGCAAAGUACAGUCCGUGAACACAGAGAUGGAGGUCAUGCAGGCGGAAUCUUCAAUAGAUAUAAUAUUCUAAAGAUUCAGAAAGUUUGUAAUAAGAAACUAUGGGAGAGAUAUACUCACCGGAGAAAAGAAGUCUCUGAAGAAAACCACAACCAUGCAAAUGAAAGGAUGCUGUUUCAUGGUUCUCCCUUUGUAAAUGCAAUUAUCCAUAAAGGCUUUGAUGAAAGGCACGCAUACAUAGGUGGCAUGUUUGGAGCUGGGAUUUAUUUUGCUGAAAACUCUUCUAAAAGCAAUCAGUAUGUAUAUGGAAUUGGAGGAGGUACUGGGUGUCCAGUUCACAAAGACAGAUCUUGUUAUAUUUGCCACAGACAGCUGCUCUUUUGCCGAGUAACCUUGGGAAAGUCUUUCCUGCAGUUUAGUGCAAUGAAAAUGGCACAUUCUCCUCCAGGUCACCACUCAGUCACUGGUCGACCCAGUGUCAAUGGCCUAGCCUUAGCCGAAUAUGUUAUUUACAGAGGAGAGCAGGCUUAUCCUGAAUAUUUAAUUACUUACCAGAUUGUGAGGCCUGAAGGUAUGGUUGAUGGAUAAAUAGUUGUUUUAGGAAAAUAAUUCCCUGAACGAAAAUCAUCAAGACAACUGGUGGCCUCUAAGUUAUACUUCUUUGCUGAACAAGUAAUCUUGUCCACAGGCGUAUGGCAGAAGGCUAAAAAGUGUGAAAGAAGUUUAACAUUCUGAGUUGAUAGAGCUUUAAAAAUGUACAGUGUUUUCUAAAUAGUUCCUGUUUUUCAGCACUUUAACAGAUGCCAUUCCAGGUUAAACUGGGUUUUGUCUGUACUAAAUUAUGAACAGAGUUAACUUGAAUCUUUUAUACAUUAUGCAUUGAUUCUAACAAAAACUUGUAAUGCCCUCAGCAGAACUCAUUUUGUUAAUACAGUACUGUGUUCUUUAAAGCACAGGAUUUACACUGAAUACAAUUUCAUUUGUAAAACUGUAAAUAAGAGCUUUUGUACUAGCCCAAUAUUUAUUUACAUUGCUUUGUAAUAUAAAUCUUUAGGACUGCAGCGGUUUACAGUUACACGUGUUGCUCGUCUACUUCAUCUUGCAUUGUUACGAUUGAGUGAUCACGUUUGAUUCCAGAGGCUAUGUUGAGUUGUUGGGGAAGAUUGAUUUAUCAGAUUUAAUUUGCUGAUGGAAACAUGUGUCUCCUGUUAGAAAUUUUUUUAAGAACUUACUUUAUAAAUACUCUGGGAUUUCUAAUUUGUGAUGCCUUUGUAUCUCUAAAACACACAUUCCAAAGAGCUCUAACUAUGAUAGGUUCUGAUUACUAAAGAAGGUUCUUUACUGGCCUCAAACUCUAGGUUUUGCAUUGGAAAAUUUUCUAAUGUCAUUCUGCAAAAAUUAAAGCAAUUGCUCUUGCUUUUAGAGAGGCUAAAUCUUGCUUAUGGGCAAUUAUGUUGUUUUCAUGAACUGUAAAUAGGAAGUUAAAUUUCAGAGAUAGGAAGAGUAAUUCUGGAUAAUUUCCCACUCUGUUUUAAUUAACUAAAGUCUAAAAGGGGGAAAAAAUAGCAAAUGGGAAUGGGUAGUUCUUUAUUCUAAGUAUUUUUUCCCUAUUCUUUUUUCUUGGUCUUAUUGUUGUAUCUAUAGCCAAUCCAUGCAUCAUUGGUAGAGUCAGAACCAUAAAAAAACAGGUGUCUGUUGUCUCUUGGCCUCCUGAAUGGGCAGGUGCAGUGACACAGGCAUUUCCUGGCCCUCAGAGGACACAGGCACUUCCUGCCUUUCUGUGACAUGCCCUCUUGAAAAUACACUUCCAGUUUGUGCACCUCCUGAUGACCAGGCGUGUAUUUCAGUUUGGCAGCUGUGGAAGGAAGUGCUAAUCUCUUAAAACACCAUUCCUGACUAUUUGUUAAGGCAAAACUCUCUUCCAUGAAUUCUGCUCAAGCAUCUUGUACAGAGACACACAUUACAGCUUGACAGUUUAGUUGCUUUGUUGACUCUAGCUCCCUCAGAAAUCAAGGAAAGGUUUUUACCCACUUAAGUCUUUGCAAAAGAGGAAAUUCUCCCCUCUCUACCAAUUGUUUUGUUUCAUAUUCCAUUUAGUCUCUAAAUUACGUGGCCCUUUGUAGCCACUUGAAUAUAAAGUGCUAGAAGACCAUGUUUCCCAUCCUGAAUAAUGGUUAAUCAAAGUAAAUGCAUAUCUAGGGUUAUUUCUGUGAUAAAAAUUUUGAUCAUUAUUUAAGAGGUCAAAUCCUGACUUUGAAUUACUUUUAUAUAGCUCUCUAAUAAUUGCAGAUAUGAUCCUAACGUCAUUUCUUGAAACACAAAUGAAUUAUGCCAAAUUUUAUAUAAAUUUUUCAAGUUCUCUAGGUAUCCAAGUUUUAUAAUUAGAAGAUUAUAAGAUGACUUAUUGGGGUCUGUAUUUACAUAUCUCUCAACAGUUAGCCCAUCUUACUCACCCUGUGAGUGAGUCUGGAACUGCUUGUCAUGUAAAAUCAUUCUAGCCCAUGAGUUUAUAAUACUACAAACUGUAUUAUUUCAUCUAGUCCAUUGCUUAAUUUGUGUGUCACUUUUCCAUGAAUGAUUAUAUUGUGGUUACUAUGUUAGCAUGACAGUAUUUCAGAUAGCUUUGUGUUGGGUGGUUGGGUAUGAGGUUUUUUUUUUUUUUUU